AUGGAAGCAUCCUCUCCCUUGGCGGCAAUGCACCGCCCAAUGCCUGCUCCGGCUUGGGGUAACCGAGAUCUUUUCCGUCCUCGGCCACAUUCGCAUUAUUCGAGCUCGUCAAACAGCCUCGCCUCGGUGAGCUUGCGGGAGAAAUUGCACAAGAAUACUGCAGAUUACUUUUCUGUCAAAGAAGUCCGUGGAUCAUCUCCUGCUGCUAGCCUUGCGGCCGACCUGUCACAAAACUUCCGGCUUGACAAUGAUGCUAGUCCACAAUUCCCUACCCCUCGACGAGCAUUGUUCACUGCCAACAUGAUGGGCGGUAUGGAGAGUCGUCACUAUGUGACUACACCUCCUCUGCCUUCGUCGUCGCCUGCGCCGGUUGUCGAACACAUGGAACUGUCUCCUCUCCCACACAAGACACCAUUCUGUGCACAUAUUGAGAUAGGGUCUCCAACGCCUGGGUCGACACCGUCAGAUGACCAAGACAUGGUCCUCGACUCACCAGCUCCGAUUUCCCGUCAGGUGUCGUCGGAGUCGACCAAGUCCUUUUUGGCUGAUCGUAGGAUAGCAGCCCCGCGUAGACCGUCAUUGAGCCGUAUGAAAGGACUCAGUUCCAGCUCCUUGCCCCCGAGAGCGCAAAGCGACACCCACAACCCUCUACCUCCCUUUCGCUUUGGCGCUGACUCUGCCAUGAGCUCAAAUCUCUCCCUAGGGGAAUGCUUUGAAUCCGCCUCCCCACCUCAGGAACGGAAGGCAAUGCCGGAAAACAGCCCCUGUGGACCAGCUCUGUUUCCUCGCCCUCGACCAUUGUUUGCCGGUCUUGGUGGUGCCGGCGGCGCUCGCUUUGGAUCACCGAUUAAUGGUCACGCCAGACGGCAGUCGAAUCCAUUCCUGAGAAAUCGCAAGCAAUUUCGUCGAUCCUUGAGCAUGUUUGAGCACCCUGCAGACAUCAUGAAGCCCAAGUCUGACACUGAGGAUGGCCCUACUUCCUCGUUGAAAUCUGUAAUGGAUAUUGAAGAAGUUCAUGAACCUGUGCUUCCUCAUUUCUUGCCUGAUGAUCCCACUGACUGCAUUCCUCGAAUUGCCAGGGAGACCUUACUCGAGGUUUUGGAUGGCAAAUACGCUGACAAUUUUGACCAAAAGAUGGUCAUUGACUGUCGCUUUGAGUACGAGUACGAUGGUGGACAUAUUGAAGGUGCCGUCAACCACAAUGACAAGGAGCUUCUAGCUACCCAAUUGUUCCAAACGCCAAUCGACGGCCGCACUCUACUCAUAUUCCACUGCGAGUAUUCAGCACAUCGUGCACCAUUGAUGGCUCGCCACGUUCGAUCUCAUGAUCGAACCGUCAAUGCAGAGCAUUACCCCAAGCUGACGUACCCCGAGGUAUACAUUCUCGAUGGUGGAUACAGCGGAUUCUUCGCCGAGCACCGUGGUAGAUGCUACCCUCCCGAAUACGUCGAGAUGUCUGAUGAGAAGCAUCAGCGCACAUGCGAAAGAGAGAUGGGCCGCUUGAAGGCGAGAAAGGGACUAGGACGCUCUCAAACGUUCGCUUUCGGGCAGCGAGAGCCAUGUAUCAACGACUCACCCACGGCACAAAGCCGACCAAGCUCCCGCAACACAACACUCGCAAUGCUUGCACCGUCACCAAUCCUCGGAGACCGAUCCCACACUCGUCGGAUGGCCUCUUACUGA